AUGGGACCACGAGGAGGGGAUCGAGACAAUGUUGAUCUGUUUUUGGUAUUCAAUUCACACUACUACAAUGCCAUUUCCGAUUUCUACUCCCCCUAUUACAAUAUUCAAGCUGCGAUAUUCACGUAUCAGAAAACUCUUUCGUCCGCGGAGAUACUGUACUAUUUCUAUGGAUUCGGUGGUGUGACCUGUGACCUGACGGACGAAUUUUUGGAUUCGUCAGUCGCCGGUCUCGAGGGCCGCCGAAAAUCCUCGGCAUGUCUCUUUUUAGGUAUGCGUAGGCAGGUUGACGGUGCUGUGACCCGUGACGCGGACGAAAAUUUGUCACCAUCAAGGGCCCUCGGAUGCGCGGCCGACGCACUGCUUUCGCGCAUGCUGGAGUCGCCUCUUGUGCCUUUGAACCGACUUCGCCGUACCAGGUCUUCAUUUCCUAGGGUCCUAUGGAGCCGAUAGGGCCUUUACUCUUUCCUUGGAGCCAGGACAUUAUAUUUCUAUCUUGCGAGUCUUGCAAGGAUUUUGGAUUUGUCAACACCUGUCCGGCUCGGUAGAAAGCUGAUUUUAACCUGACGCAAACCUGACGACGGGUAGGAUCAUUGAUAAUCCGGUUACGGC